AAAAGAGUCUACAAGGGAGAAAGGGAGAGGCAUAUCCAUCUAUCUCCUCACGUUCACUCCAAACUUUUGUUACAAUCUUUCCUCAUUUUUAUUUUAUCAAAAAAAAUGGCCAAAAGCAUCAGAAGAAACACCAGAAAACAGCCCAAAGACAAACAACAACACAAAAAACCACCACACUCAUGGGCAGCAGUCAAAAGCCUCUUCACCUGCAAGUACCUCCAGGUACAACCCCCACAGCCCCACGUACAACCCUCCCAACCGAGAAAACCAGAGCCCAAGAAACAAACCAAGCCCAAAAUCAAGUACUGCUCGGCCUCCAUCUGCAACAACACCAAGGUCAUGCAAAAGCCCGAUCCGGGCCCGAAACUCUUAACCGUAACCCGGCCCGAAUCAAAUUCUCCCUCGAUUUCUGGCCCGUUUAGGGGAAUGCCGUUUCGGAAGUUAUCGGGUUGUUACGAGUGCCGGUUUGUGGCCGACCCGUCUUUGAGGGGCUCGAUUUGUUCGUGUCCUGAGUGUGGCGAGAUCUUCAUGAAAGCUGAGAAUUUGGAGAUUCAUCAGGCUGUUAGACAUGCAGUAUCCGAGUUGGGCCCAGAGGACACGAGCAAGAACAUUGUUGAGAUCAUAUUCCAGUCCAGCUGGCUCAAGAAGCAGGCCCCCAUUUGCAAAAUCGAUCGCAUACUAAAGGUCCAAAAUACCCCCACCACAAUAUCCAAAUUCGAAGAGUAUCGUGACGUCAUCAAGGCUAAGGCCACGCGGCAGCCGAAGAAGCACCCGCGCUGCCUGGCCGAUGGCAACGAGCUCCUACGGUUCCACUGCACCACUCUCAUGUGCUCGUUGGGCCUCAACGGGUCGUCCAAUUUGUGUGGGCCAAGCCCAAGUUGUGGCGUGUGUAGUGUCAUCAAGAACGGGUUCAAGGUCACGUCAGAUGUCUCGUCUAGAGGUAUAUUGACAACUGCUACGAGUGGGAAAGCUCAUGACAGUUGUAGGGUCGGGUCGGAUAAUGAUCAUGGGGAGAGGGCAAUGCUGGUUUGCCGGGUUAUUGCGGGUCGGGUAAAAAAGAACCCGGAUGGGAACUCGGAGGAUUAUGACUCGGUGAGUGGGUCAACCGGAGUUUAUUCCAAUCUGGACGAGUUGUACGUUUUCAAUCCAAAGGCUAUACUGCCCUGCUUUGUUGUGAUCUAUAGAGGUUUUUGAUGGACGGUUAAUUUAAUUUGCAAGAUGAAAACUAGAGAAAAUCAUUAAUUGUUCAAUUAAUUUGAAAAAUAAUUACUUAGUUUUCUUGUGAAUAUAUGCAAUUCCUGUUUUGAUGUGAACAGAAGUUUGGAUCAUGGUAAUUUAAUUAAGG